UUAUAAAGACAAAGGCUUUUGUAUUUUGGGAAGAAAAAGCUAAAGACAAAAAAUGCAGUAGAGAGAGAAAACAUCAUAGUUUAUUACUGAUUUUAUAUAUAUAAAAAGAGAGAGAGAGAGGUGAAGAGGCUUUACUAAAAUAAAUACUUAAAAAAGCAUUUCUGUUUUAUUGGGUUGAAACCCUUCAGUCUGUUCUGGCCAUCGCCAUCAUUGUCCAUUUCUUCAGCUUUUACUUACUACCACUUUCUUGCUUCUUUUUCAUGCUUUUGUUGUUCUCUUGUUAAUGUUUAUCUGGCUUAUGGGUUUUUGAGAAAAGACGCAGACAACCAAGUUUCAGACUUCAAAAUUGAAACUUUUUUUUAUUGGGUCCUCUUGGUAAUGGUUAUUUGGCUUCUGGGUUCCUGAGAAAAGGCUCAGUCAACCAAGUUUCAUUGUUAAAAAUUGAAACUUUCUUAUUAAAUUUGUUUUUGGAAUUUUGGGUUUUGUUAUUUCUGCUGUUUUCUCAUCCAAGUCUCUGAACUUAGCCGUUUGUUGAGAAAAUAAAAAAAAAAAAUGACUGUGGAGGACCAAAGGGGUGAAGACGGUGGCUCCUUUGACCGGUUUCCGGUGGGUAUGCGAGUUCUCGCCGUUGACGACAACCCAACUUGCCUCAGAAUAUUGGAGUCCCUACUUCGUAAAUGCCAGUAUCAGGUUACUACCACUAAUCAAGCAAUCAAGGCACUAAAAAUGUUGAGGAAAAACAGAAAUAGGUUUGACCUUGUCAUCAGUGAUGUGAAUAUGCCGGACAUGGAUGGAUUUAAGCUACUUGAGCUUGUGGGGCUUGAAAUGGACCUACCUGUCAUUAUGUUAUCAGAAUAUAGUGAUACCAAGCUUGUGAUGAAGGGAAUCACUCAUGGUGCUGUUGACUAUUUGUUGAAACCGGUUAGGAUGGAAGAGGUUAAGAAUAUCUGGCAGCAUGUUAUCCGCCGAAAGAAGUUGGAUCCUUGUGACCAAGGCAAGCAUUCUGAUCAAGGAAAGACUUGCCAGGAGUCUGGAGAAGGUGGGAAAGGAGUGACAUCAAUAGGAUUGAAUCAAAAUGCUACAACUAAUAGGAAGCGGAAGGAUCAAGAUGAAGACGAGGAAGAUGAGGGUGAGUACGAUGAGCAUGAGAGUGAAGAUCCGUCGUCCACACAGAAGAAGCCGCGUGUAGUUUGGUCUCCCGAGCUACAUAAGAAGUUUUGUGCUGCUGUACAUAAAUUAGGCCCUGAAAAGGCUGUUCCUAAGAAAAUUCUUGACAUGAUGAAUGAGGAAGGACUUACAAGGGAAAAUGUUGCAAGUCAUCUACAGAAAUAUAGGCUUUACCUGAAAAGACUCCCUGGUGCAAACCAACAAGCUAGGUUGGUUGCUGCUCUGAGAGCUAAAGGUUGCUCUUAUGUAUGCAUGGACACACUAGACGGCUUUGGAGAUAUGCACACCAUGAAUGGGUCUGGAAGGCUGGCAAGCUCAGCUCUAUCAUCAUCUUACACACAUGGUGGGAUGCUUGGUAGAUUGAACUCCCCAUCUGGUUUGACUAUUGGAGGAAUUUCUUCAAAUGGACUCAUCCAACCUGGUAAUCCUCAAAGCUUGAGCAGUUCUUUCAGUACUCUUGGCAAGUUUCAACCAUCUAUUUCAGUAAACCAAAGUGCAAGUUUAUUCCAAGGGAUACCAACUUUGGAGCACAACAAGUUGCAGCAAACGAAGUCCACUGCUCAUAUUGGAGAGUUCAACCCUUUGAAUAGCUCAUCCGGUUUUGCAGUUCCUGCUAGCUUUCCAGACAUGCGAGUGACUCCUAGUAGCUCGAGUACUGUGCGUAGCUCUUCAAGUAACCCCCUGAUGGGAGACCAAUCUUCAGUCAGAGUGACUCCAUUGCUUCCUGAAUCUUUUGACGGCGAAAGCAGAGGUUCCUCUGACUUUUUAGAUCAUAAUCAUUAUAAUGAAAGCUGGGAAGUUGCAGUUCAGUCAUCAAAUUUUUCGUCAAUUACUUUAUUAAGGGAGUGUUCGAGUCAUGGACAGAUACAUUCUAAUAACUUGGGCAUACCAUCUACCACUGCACAAAUCAGUAACAGCCCACAUGAGUUUUCUUCUAGUAAUGCAUUUCUGGAACCUUUAGCAGGUCCUAGAGAUGGACAUGGCCAUGGUAACUUCAUUGGAAAUGCUGUUCAGAGUGCAGAUUACACGGAAAAGCAUAGGUGGGAUAAUCACAACCUUAAUCAGGAUUUUGGUACUCUAAAUUCCAUAGUUGACCAAUUAAAUGGGUGCACUUCAUCUGCCUUUGAGAGCAAUGAGAUUGAGAAUUCAGCUAUGGUUGCCAAAACAGAAACUAAUGAAGAUUUCAUUGAAAACAUCGAGUCAUUGGAUGAUAUAAUGAGUGCCAUGAUGAAAAGGGGAUGAUUAUAAACUUUUAGAUUUUGUUAGUGAUCUACUUGUACAUAUUUUGAGGAGAUAAGGACGCAGUCCAAACUUUCCCGGUUAGCCUAAUAUGACCAAUAGUUUAUGUUUUGUCAUCUCAGCUUUUAUUUUUGUCUUUGCCUCUCUCAUGUGAAAAAAAUUCCAUUUUUCGGUUAGCUAUUAUUAAAUUUGUAAAACAGCAAACAUGCAUAUCUCUCUUAAUUUUCUCAUGUUUUCUUUUUCAUUUUAUGGUUGGAAUGGAUAACACUUUUAGAUGUGUAAUA